AUGUGUUUAGUGAAGUGGCGGUACAACAGGGAAUUACCACCACGGUUCCGGAGCCAUCCUCUCACAGCCACCAGCACCAUGGCAACGGCAAUAACGGUCAUGGUGACGUCAGCUCUGCCGCCGCCACUACAACCCCUACUCUCACUCCUCAUCAGCCAGCUGGACCGCCACCCGCUGCCGCCACCGCCACCCCCGCCAGCGCCUGAAGCCGAAUCCGAAUCCGAAUCCGGAUCCAGGCGGCGGUCCUCUGCGGGUCCGGGUGCGCGCGUGUGUGUGUGGAUGUUGGAUCACAUCGCCCAGAAGGAGCCCUCCGCGGAGAGGUCCCUGAUGCACCGCUACGUACACAGCACAAUGCGGCAUGUCCGCUUCCCACCUAAUGUAUUUCCCAACCCCGCAACCACCACAACAGCAACCGCCAUAACUGCUGUCCGUACAGGUACAACGUGGGUGCUGAUCUGGUUGAGAUGGCCGGGCGGUAUGAUGGAGGAGUGGCACCAGAAGCUGCACAACAACACCUCCCCGGACGACGUGGUGAUAUGUAGGGCCCUUCUGGACUACAUUGCCGCCGGUCUAUCCGUCACCGCCUACUGGCGCACCCUGAGCUCCGCGGGCAUCACCGCCCAACGUCUGGCCUCGUUCGACCGCCCCAUCACCUCCGAGCCGCGGUUCAGCGGGCAGCAGGCGGCGGGCCUUCAGAGGGACCUCACCGCAUACCUGCAGACCCUCCAGGCUGUUCACGGGGGUGAUGACCUGGCCUCAGCCAUAAACAACGUGCUGGGGUACCAGGAGUCGGAUAUGAAGGGGAAGUGCAUUGUCGUACCUGCCGUACCCCACGUCGUCACCCCCACCUUGGAGCGGCACCUGAGGGCCCUUCUGGCGCUGCAACGACACCUGGCCUCCCCCGCGGCGGCGGCGGCGGCGGCGGCUGCAGCAGAUACGACAUCGCGCGGCAGCGGCACCCCGCCGCCUUCCUCGGCGGCUGCUGGAGUACGGAACUCCCCGCUGGCGGCGGUGGCGUCUGGCGGCAGUGGCGGCGCCGCCGCUGGUGCCGCUGCGGUACCGGCGGCGCCCACUCAACGGCCCACUGACGUGGCGUCGCUGUACGGUCUAUCCGGUGCCGUACGGUUGAUGGAGAUGGUGGUGGAGGCGCGUCAUUGUAUCCGGCCGUUCCUGGACGGGGGCGAUUCGGCUUGUGGCGGACGGUUGGUGGACGUGGCGUUCCUUGACCUGGCGCUGGACAGCGCUCUAAGAACCGCCGUUGAAGCCAACAUAGGGCCCGUCAAGAAGACCAUCGCCGACGCGACUGCCAUAUACAUCGCUGCGGCGGCGGCCGGGAAGGGAGCCAACGGCGGCGGCGGCGGCAGGGCCAACGGCGCCGCCGGCCGGGUUAUUGGUAACGGUAAUGGUGGCGGCGGUGGCGGCUCCGUGCUGCCCCUCCGUGGCUCCUUCGCGGCGGCGGCGGCGCUGACCCAGGCCUCCACACCCCACCCAACCUCUAAAGCCCUGCAAGCAAACAAACAAACAAUCCUGAAUCGGGACAACAAAUUAUUAUCUCAUCGCCCUAUUUCUAUGAAACCCUUAUCCAAACGAAUUCCACCCGGACACCCCCAACACCCCCAACAUGCUCUGGAGGUGGUUCGGCUGGCGGCUGAGAACGCGGCCCUCAGCUGCUGCCCGAAUGACGACCUUGUGUACUCCAACAAAUGGCUAAGGCUGCUGGUGGCACAAGAGGACCCACGGGACGCUCGUGACCGCAUGUUGCAAGCCCUGGCCAUUGCGGAGCGGUUGAAGCGCUUCCUGGCGGACCACGGGGCGGCGCUCAUAGGCCUUAUACAGCCGGCAGCGGAGGCCCUGGCAGACAGACUAAAAUUGCAGCCGGCGGCGGUGAGCGGCGUGGGGGAGGAGGUGGUUCGAGGCAGCAGCGGCGCCCCUCUGGCUCAGCUGCUGGCUUCCCUGGAGCCGGCUCUGCGGCAGGCGACCGGGGGCGGGCCCUGGCAGCAUGAGGUCAUGCGUGAGCCCACCGUACUGCUCGUGGAGGGAAUCACGGGUGCUGAGGAGAUUCCCGAUGGCUGUGUGGCUGUGCUGGUGGGGGGAGGCGCCUCGGGGCCUGGCUGCCCCGACGUGCUCAGCCACAGCGCUGUGAGGGCCCGCAACAUGGGGGUGUUGCUAGCAGGCUGCCACUGCACGGAGCUGGUGUCGCGAAUCAAGUCCCACGGGGGUAGUCGAGUGAUGGUGCGACUGGAGGGGGCCGACGUGCAGAUCAGCUUCAGUAGCACGGGAGCAGCCGGGGCGGCGUUGACAGCGGGGGAUGGCGCUGCUAAGUGACGAGGAGGCAGACGACGGGUGGAUUGGGCUUUGAGCAUGUCAUGGUAGAUUUUGGAUGUAUUCGCAGCUGGAAAUAUUCUUGGCAUCACCCAAGGGUUGGUCCGUUGUGUAGGGACUGCAACACAACGGAUUGAGGCCGUCCCCACUCCCGGGGAUGCGGUGGAGCAGCGGAUGGUGGGGGGGAGGUAGAUUGAUAUGCAUAGACGAGGGACGAUGAUGUGCUGAACAGCAGACGUGGGAACGCAUUAGCGGACGCCUCCGCUGUUUCUUUCCGUUGCAACUCGUUGCUCGCGAGGGGGAGGAUCUGCGGCCUGUGCUCACCGAUUGCGAUUGCGUUGCUACCAUUGGCUUGGUUGCUGGGUCUGCUGAGGAUAAGACACCUUGUUCGACGGAUUGGUCGGCAAGGAGGACGUAUCUUUGUUAUUCGGUAGCUAAAGCUGUUGAUUGCUUUUAUUGGUUGCUGUAAGUUCAAAUAAUUUGUAUUGACUGCCUGAUAUUGGUCGUUGGUUUUAUUGU